AUGCAGAAGGAAAACCAGACAUACAAACGCAACCUCAAUGAGGCUCAUGAAAGGGAAAGUGCUCUCGAACAGCACCGGAGCAGCUAUGAGGAUCAUUACUAUGAACAACAUGGCCGCUCAGCUCCUGAAAGCGAAGACGAAGACGAUCUUGGAACCGGUACUGAAUUAAACUUCGGAUACGCUGGAGUUGGUUCCGGUCCUGGCUCUCCAAAGACCUUAUUUCCGAGUUCGGUCCGUACAGUCAAUGUUGUUCUCCAAUCACCUCCGGCUAUACCUCGCAAGUCUGUCCUCAAGACCCCAGUCUCUAUUCAUCCUAAUCAACCUCGGUGGCCACUCCCUACACCUCCUAACACUCAACAAGAACCUUCGGUAGUUCACACUCCUUCCACUAUAGGCCGUAUACAACCUCCAAUGCUUAUGCCGAACCCACUUACCACAUGUCACGAUCAGCCACCAGUUGAUCCCAUUGAACCACUGCAGCUUGAAGGAGAGAGUAACAUCGAGCUUCGCAUACUUGCUCGAUUCGCUAAUACAUCUGGAAAACUGUUGCGUCAUUACAAGGGGCUCUCGAAAAAACUAGUCAGACAAUGUCUUCAAAGCUACGAGUUGACCAUUAUUGCUUUACAUAUGUAUCCAACAAGUGAUUUGCAGAUGAAUUGGACGGAGAAUAUCUGGAAGUACCACAUGUCGAAGUUGCUCCAUGAAGAUGAAACAUCAUUUGUGCUUUCUGAAGAAGUAAAGAUGCUAAUGAUGCGAAGGGAAACUCGUAUACGGAAAGCUUCAUGGGACCGUGUUGCAAUGCUCUUUGAAACAACGUUCAAGUUCAAGAAAGGGACAAACAGUAAGGUUCAGAAGCACAACAAGUUACUGCAUCUUGCACUUAUGACCAAUUUCGGUUUUUACUAUUUGGAUCCGACUAUGCGUACAGGCCUCAUGCAAGCUCCGUUCAUUGUCGAUGGAAUUUGCCAAAUUCUAUUUUACAACAAGAAAGCGCAUGGAGUUGACCAUGAAUUCCUGUUCAAUCCUAUUCCACCUGCUACGGUGGCUUUUCUGUUCACACUGGCGAGUAAUAUAUAUCUUCUUGGUUUCAAUGUCUCGCAUAACCUUCUUUCCAAGACCGAACAUUUUCUAUGCCAGUGGUCAACAGGUAUCCGCAUCCCGCGCCCCCUUGACGAGGAUGUUAUGAACCUGAGUUUUCAGAAACAUGUUGUGCGGGUUGAUGAAUGGAUUGCCCUUGACGAGAAGAAAACAAUGACUAUCUUGAAACGAUGGUAUUACCUGGGACAGAAGUAUGCCGGUGUUGGAGGUGUCACUGAUCCAGAGGAUAUCAAAAUGUCCCGAAAGGAUAGAAAGAAUGCAGUCACAGAGCUUUGCGCUAUGAAGGUUCCUGACAUAAGCGAAGAUGACAAAGAUGAUGGAGAUGAGAAGGGUAGUGACGAUGAAUACGAGGACAAAAACAGUGGCAACAAUAGUGAAGAUGACGAGGGCAGCAACAGCGGAGGUGAGAACAGCAAAAACGAUGAUAACACCGGCGACAGUGGAAAGAAACGUGAGGAUGAGAUCAAUAAUGGUAUGGAGGGAGAUGACGGCGGUCUGAUUGCGGAAGGUGGUAGCGCUGGAGCUAAUGGCUUCAAUGCGGUGAAUCUUACUAAAUCGCUGUUGCCGAUCUCACACCCCAGUCCAGAGGAAGAGAAUCCCGAAAGUCACCAUCGGACUCCUGCAGUGCCAUUGAAACUCGUGAAUUUGGACAAACCUAUCAUGAUAUCGAACGAGCCGACUAAUAUGGAAAUAGAGGAUGGGAUGCAAGGGACAGAGCCCGUCGAUGAGAUACCAGACAAGAAAAGUCUAACAAAAACAAAGAGGAAACCAAAUGCAAUGCUGAAACGUCCUGUUAUUUCAGCAGUACCUCCUAGACCAAAGCGUAUUGCUAGAAAGUAG